AUGGCGUCAGUUGGUCCUGAGAGGAAAACGGGCACAUUUUCAAGUUCAAUUGAGCCCCAAAGCAGGAAAACCACAUUUUACCUAUUUUCGUGUGCUAUAGUACAUGAAAUUUUGGUGAUACAGUUGUUCGUCACCGGCAAAGAACUAUGGGGCCAUAUAGAUGGAAGUGAUCCUGCUCCUACUGAUGCAACAAAGCUAGGUGAAUGGAAGAUUAAAGAUGCUCAGGUGAUGACAUGGAUUCUAGGGUCAAUUGACCCUCUUAUUGUUCUUAAUCUCAGGCCAUACAAGACAGCUAAGGCUAUGUGGGAUUACUUACAAAAGGUUUACAACCAAGAUAAUAGCGCAAGACGCUUUCAGUUAGAGUAUGAAAUUGCUAAUUACUCUCAAGGAGGUCUUUCUAUUCAUGAUUAUUUUUCUGGAUUUCAGAACUUAUGGGCUGAAUUUACGGAUAUUGUCUAUGCUAAAAUACCUACUGAAUCUCUAUCUCUGAUUCAGGCAGUUCAUGAACAAAGCAAGCGAGACCAAUUUUUGAUGAAAUUACGCUCCAACUUUGAGCAAGUGUUUGCUCUAACUUGA